AUUUUAAAAGAUGAUGGUUAAGGUUCAGUUUGCGUCAUGAACUUAGAAUGUAGAGUCACCAAAUCAGGCUAAGAACCAGAUUUUAAAGUCCAAGGCCAUGGGAGCUAGCUAAUUGGUUGCUCUAUGUUUAAUUUAAUACUAUUUCUUAUCACAGACAAACUCUCUCUGUCAAGUCCUUUCUUAAGUAGUAGUUAAAUUAGUUAUUACUAUUACAUAACAUCCAAUAGCAUUUGGACAAAAUUUAUCGAAAUUAUCAAUCGACACAAGAAACAACGGCCAUGAAAACUAGUAUAUAUGAAACCCCACUUCACCUGUUUAGUCUUUCUUUCAAGCAGCUUUAGUUUCUUGAAUUAAUAAAGAGAUCACAAAACAGAAGAAUAAGAAUGAUUCAUGAUAUGGCUAAUGUUUUUCUAUCACUUGAGCCUUGUAAUGGUGAUCAAAUUGGUUAUGACCCUAUGGAAAAUGGCCUUUAUCUUACUCAUCACAAAGAACUGUCUUAUUCUCUUAAUCCUUACACAUCUGUUUUGAAGAGAAAUGCUCCUACUAAUAACAUGAUCAUUUCAUCUUUAUCUAAUGACAGUGCGAGUUUUAAGAGGUUAAGGAGAACCCCAAGUCUUGGUGAGUCUUUUGGAAGCAAUACCACUUUUUAUAGUACUGAUAGCAGCAGCAGUGGUGGCAGUUUACCGAGAAUUGGUAGUACUAAUAGUGUGAAUAGCUUGUCAUUGCAACCAGGGAUUCAUUUUCGCGAUCAUGUUUGGGCGUUGAACCAAAGGUAUCUUGCUGCUGAGGCUAUUGAAGAGGCAGCAGCUGAUAUAAUUAAUCAGGAGGAGGAAAAUGGGGAAGGUAUGAAGUUAGUACAGCUUUUAAUUACUUGUGCUGAAGCUGUGGCUUGUAGAGAUAAGUCUCGUGCAUCGGUGUUGUUAUCAGAGCUACGUGCUAGUGCAUUAGUAUUUGGGACGUCUUUCCAGCGUGUAGCGUCCUGUUUCAUGCAGGGGUUGGCUGAUAGGCUGGCUCUGGUGCAGCCGCUUGGCACGGUUGGUUAUGUUGCUACCCCUGCAAUGAAUAAGACGGACAUUGCCUUGGAGAAGAAAGAAAAAGCUUUGAGGUUGCUUUAUGAGAUAUGUCCACAUAUUCAGUUUGGUCAUUUUGUGGCUAAUUGCUUGAUAUUGGAAGCCUUUGAGGGAGAGAGUUUCAUUCAUGUGGUUGAUUUGGGAAUGAGCCUUGGUUUGCCUCAUGGUCAUCAAUGGCGGCGUCUUGUUCAGAGUCUUGUUAAUCGCCCUGGACAGCCCCCACGCCGCCUUAGGAUCACUGCUGUUGGACAGAAUAUCGAGAAAUUGCAAAUUAUUGGAGAUGAGCUUGAGGACUAUGCAAGAAGCCUUGGUAUAAAUUUGGAGCUUUCAGCUGUGGAAAGCAACUUGGAAAACCUUAAACCAAAGGACAUCAAAGUAUACGAUGGCGAGGUCCUCGUGGUUAACAGCAUUCUUCAGCUCCAUUGUGUGGUGAAGGAAAGCCGCGGUGCACUCAACUCUGUUUUGCAGGUAGUUCAUGAACUUUCUCCAAAGAUUCUAGUCCUUGUGGAGCAAGACUCGAGUCACAAUGGACCCUUUUUUCUCGGGAGAUUCAUGGAAGCUCUGCAUUAUUACUCUGCUAUCUUCGACUCCCUUGAUGUCAUGCUACCCAAGUAUGACACCAGGCGAGCCAAGAUAGAGCAAUUUUACUUUGCAGAGGAGAUUAAGAACAUUGUGAGCUGCGAGGGACCAGCAAGAGUGGAAAGGCACGAGAGGGUGGACCAAUGGCGUAGGAGGAUGAGCCGAGCAGGUUUUCAAGCAGCGCCUAUUAAGAUGGUGUCACAAGCCAAACAGUGGCUUGCGAAAGUGAAUGGACAUGAAGGAUUCACCAUCACAGAAGAGAAAGGCUGCUUGGUUCUUGGAUGGAAAUCGAAGCCUAUCGUGGCUGCCUCUUGCUGGAAAUGCUGAUCAAUCAUAUGAUCAUCUUCAACAACAAUGUCAUUUUAGUGUGCCUAUUUUCAAUGUGGAGUUCAACAAUAAGAACAUCUGAUAACUUGAGUGUCAUCUUUUUCAGAUGGAGUUUGUGAUGAAUAAAGUUAGGCAAACAUUUUUCAUUUUGCAUAUAAAAUAGUUUUUUGUUGUAUAGCUUUGACAUUUCUUUCAUUUUUUUGAUCCUAUUUUUCCUUCCCACAAUCCCAAAGAAGACAGACAAUCCCCAGUUGUCUAUCAAAAAUGUACAUGUUUUUAUUACUACUUCAUAUUUACAAAUUACAGGGAUUGUACAUAAAGAGAAGACAUAUUUACAUUUGAAGUUCGAUUAAUUCAACCUGAACUCUGUUACUUAGUCGUGUUUAACCAAGCUUUGUAUAUUAUUGAGUCAAUUCGAGAUUGAAGCCUACAUGUUUUCAUUUGUGGAAUGUUACUAAAUUAAGACUAUUAAUCAUUUGGUAUUCGAUAUUCACAGACCUGAUUAAUCCAGAUUCUGAUUG